CCCGCGGUAGCAUUUAAUAAGAGCCGCUUCGGUGGAGUGCUUUGGAAGCAGUUCGGGUUGGAAGCCUGAAGAGAAAGAGCCCAGGAGAGUAAGAAGUGAAGACGUAAGGCUAUGAGCCUACUAUGGCUGAAUCACUGAGUGAAGCUUCUGGAAGUCUGGAAGUUCUGGAGGCCAGUGACGAGGGAAAAAAGAAAUCCAAAUUUAAAGCCUUCAAGAACUUUUUUGGCAAGAAGAAAAAGGAGCCGGAAGAUGCCCAGGGAGGGAGGAGGCUCAAGGCAAGCUUGUCCAGCGGCAAUAUUGACAUCUCUUCUCUGAAACCGGUUCAGGAAGGUCGUCGCAUGGAGGCCAGGGCCAAGAGCAGCAUGGGCAGCAAAGCCCUGUCCCAUGACAGCAUCUUCCUGUUGGAUACUGAGCCUGAAAUGUCAGCACGUAGAAUAUACCCAUCUCCAGAGCCCCAGAGAGGCCGACCUCUACAGAGAUCUCAAGUUUCCAGAACUCUGCCUAGAUCUGGGACUAGUGAUGUGCCUGGAGCUGUUUCUGGACUUAUGUUUGGAGCUGUGCCCCAAUAUGUGCCUAGAAGUGGAAUCUGGAUUGGGGGCUCUAAGAUCGCUGAGCUCCCCUCACUGCAUCCACGCCGGUCCAGUAACAGCCCCCCUCUUAUCCGAUCUGACACAAUCUCUGAUGACUUUGAAGAAAUCUCUGUUGAUGAGGAGUCACCUAGGACCCCAAAGAAGAAAACUUCACCACCCAAGAUCAUGACAUUGAAAAAGGGGAAAGCAAAGCAAGAGGAGCCCAUCCUUCUAGUGGUUUCUGGAGAAGAGAAGAGUACAACCAAACCAAAAGAAGCUGACCAGAACAAGUCGGAAAAAGACAGUGCAGGUGUCUCAAGCCCAACACAGAGCAAGAGGAGCGAGCUGGAUAAGACGACCGCAGAGCAGGCUGCGCGCGCAGACGCGGCGGGGAGUCAGAGCUACCCCCUGCCGGCGGGGCACGGAAGGCGCCGCACCAAGAAAGGCUCAGGCGCUUCAGCAACGAGUGAGUGCGGGCCGCGAGGAAGAAGCUUUCAACAGCCCCGUCGAGGGCCUGGCCUCGGGGACAGGGCUGGGUCGCCACCUGCCGAGAAGACUGCCAGAGACCGUCUUCCGUGGCCCCUGCCUCCGGAGCCGCGCGUCGCUGAGCAGCCCCCGGCUCCUCAGGCAGCCCGCGCUCCUCGUCUGAAGCUGCUGGCACAUGCAGAUGGCAUGGCCAAGAGAAAGGCCGGCGCGUAUUUGAAAGCCAGAAAAGGCCCGGUAGCGCCGCCCGCACCCGAAGACGCGGCGGACGCCACGGUCCGUGGUCCAGCGCCACGCGGUGGAGAUGGGGCCUGCGGGGCCGAGCCGCCAGAAGCCGGCGCUGCUGCGACGACCCAGGACGAUGUCAUCCUCUCAGUGACGAUGGAGGCUCAAGUGUUCAUGGAUCCUUCUCAAAUCCAGUCAGAAGGGGAAGAAGCCUUCGGCUUUGAUCUGCAGGCUCUCAAAUUUAAAAUGGAGUCCGUUCAAGAUAUUCCAGCUGUCUGUCGAGAAAGGGCGCCGGGAAACAUCCUGCGGGCCUUCACCGCAAGCACUGCGGCUCCGGCCAGCGCUCUGGCUGACGGAGGCCUUUCGGCCGAGAGGCGGACCCCCAGGAGCCUUUCCUGGGUCUUGGCCAAGCCCGCGGCUGACGACGCGCGCUCCGACCGGGAGAGCGCCUCGGAGGAGAGCGGCUCGGAUUGGCCGCUGCUUCCCGGGCGUUCUGUCCGGGGCCCGCUGGCGCCUGACGCUCCCCAGCAAGCCUUCACCGAGUCCGAGACCUCGGCGGCCGAGCUGAGCGGUCCCGAGCAGCCGCGGCUGCCUUCUAGAUACUCUCCCCGGGCCUUCGGCCGGCCCGCGGCUGGAGAAGCGUCCUCCGACCCGGACAGCGCCUCGGAGGAGGAGAGGGCCUCGGAGCGGCCGCCGGCGCCCAGGCGCGCCUUCCAGCCCUUGGGGAAGUCCGACGACGACUACGACAACCAGAAAGCGUCCGCCUCUGCCGCUUUCAGGGACUGGAGCGGCUCCAGCGAGUGGCUGACGCCCCGCCGUGCUACCCCGGCCUUGGACGAGCCCGAAGACCUGGUCUGCACGGAAUCGGCCAGCUACGUGGAGCAGUACGGCAGCGCCGACGACUGGAGCAGCGCUGAGGAACAGGCGCCCGCCGGAGCCCCCGGCCGGGCAUCGGGGAAGCCCACCGACCCACGACAAGGCACCUCGCGUUCCGAGAACCUCCCCGAGGAGUGGGCCGUUUCCGUGGAGCGGCUCGCGCAGGCCUUCUUGAGGCCCAGGCUUCGUCAGCAGGCGUCCUCGGGCGCCGCCAGGCCGCCCGCCCCGCGGAGCAGCCCCGUGGAGCCGGCGCCCGCCUGGCCGCCCAUCCCGUUGCACUGGCUGAGCCCGCAGGCCGCGCAGCACGCGGCGGCCGGCCCUCCGAGCGGGAAUGCGAGCGCGGCCGCGGUGGGCCAGCGCCCCGGAGCCGCUGCCCCCCAGAAUCACAUCCAAGCGCCCGGGGAGGCCGAGGGUGGAGCAGCCCGGCUGCAAGGGUGCGGAGCCCGCCAGCGGCGUCAGGUUCUCUUUGGCCGAGCUGCCGCCGCCGCCGCCGCCCCCGAGGUCGCAUUCCCAGCCGCCGCGGGAGCCCGUCGCCGAGCGAGCCGUCCGGGCCGAUCCCGAGUGCCCGGCUGUGGAGGGGAGCGUUUCCGUGCAGCUGCCGCCUCCCCGACGGCCCUCGAAGGCCAUAGUGAGACCAGUCGCCGAGCAGCACGUGUGCCUGGGCGCGGAAGGUGCGGUGGUCGAAAAGAGCUUCUCCGUGUCGCUACCGCCGCUCCCCAGAUACCACGCUCAGCCCCUGACGCAACCGCCAGCCCCGCAACAGGCCCCUGCCGGUCCCGAAAGCCCGGCAGCGUCUGCGGAGCCUCUGCCUCCGAAAGGCCCAGCCACGGCCUCCGUGAACCCCAAAGGUGAACCGAAUGUGUUCUCGGGUCUGGAGGGUGCCACCGCCGAGAAGGCCGUUUCAGCGGAGCCCCUGCUCCCCAGAUUCUCUGCUCCGUCCUCGACAAAUCCUAA